AUGGUUGUCUCGGUAAAAAAUGGUCAACAUUUUUCGAUUUUUGUGGAAAAAACGGAAGGUCAAACCUUUCAAUGGAUAUAUUUCACAGUAAUGUAAGGGUUAAGGCAACGUAAAAGCACUUUAUAGCAUCGGAAUGGGUCUUCUUCACACAAUGCUGAUAUUUCGCACAAUUUAUCAGAUCCAUUUCAGCGAUUCUUUCGGAUAUCAUCAUCUGAAUGUGGAAGAAGAUAAUGUCGAACCAAUUUUGGCCAAGAAAUUAGAUUUGGAUUCUAGUACAAGUUCGGAAUAAAUUAUUUUACUUGAUAAUAAACUCUGCUUACAAAGAAUAAUCAAAAUCAAAAAAUCGACCGGUCGAUUUGAAUGUAAAAUUAUAUAAAUUUUAGCAAAAAUGAUUUAAAAAUGUUUGCAUAAAUUAAAUUCAAGAAAAAAAUUUAAAUUGAUCGUAUUCUUCAAUUACAUAGUGGUUGACCGGUCAUUUCCCUAUUGGUCAAUAUUCUAAUUUAUAACAUUUACAGUCAAGAGAAUCCAAGGCUCAAAGUCUGUCUAGCCUCCCAAGUUAUGACUUUAUUUUAGUCAAUUGUUGUUGUGA